GGAAAUAUAUCCGCCCGCCCGCCCGCCCGCUGUGACAAGCACAGAUUAUAGAGGCGCUCUGCUAUAAGAUCUUUGGCCCAGCUCGCCCGCCGCCCCCUCCCCGUGACAAGGGCAACGGUCAGCCCGACGCCCCCUCUCCCCGUGACCGUGACAAGGGCAACCAAAGCCCCGCGACCCCACUCUGAUUCCGCGCCGCCCCCUCCCCUCCCCGUGACAAGGGCGACGCGCCGCGCCGGGCAACGCCGCUCCCACUCCAGCCCCAGCGGCCUGAAGUCCCAGCCUGUCGCUCCGCAGCCCCGGUGAGUGGAGCCUGUGUCGACUGGCCGGCCCGAGGCCCUUCUACACAGGACGACGAUGCUGGGUCGGCGGCGGUGGCAUGUCAGGCCGCUCCUGCUGGUCUGCUGCGGAAUGAUCGCCGUGGGCUUCGUGAUCCUGACCUGGAGCGCACGGGGGGAGGAGGGGUUGGACGGGGAAGGAGUGGGUCGUCAAGUCGGGGGUCGCGCCGCUGCCGCUGCCGCUGCCGCCGCCGCAGGAGACGGCCGUGUGGACACAGACGCCGAGUACGAACAGCUGAAGAGACCCGUUUACGAGAAGCCUCCGCUGGACGUGAACGCGUUGGGAGAGUUGGGCAAAGCCGUGCAACUGAACCUGCAAGGCGAGGAGAAGAAGAAGGAGGAGGAGGCGAUCAACAAACAUCAGAUCAAUACAUAUGUGAGCGACAGGAUCUCCCUGCGCCGCCGGCUGCCGGAGAGGUGGAACCCGCUAUGUAAAGAGAAGAAAUAUGACUAUCGAAACCUUCCAACCACCUCUGUGGUGAUAGCAUUUUAUAACGAGGCCUGGUCAACGCUCCUGCGGACACUUCACAGUGUUCUUGACACUUCACCUGAUAUCCUAUUGAAGGAGAUUAUCAUAGUGGAUGAUUACAGUGAGCGAGAGCACCUAAAGAAGCCUUUGGAGGAUUAUGUAGCUGAUCUUCGCAAAGUCCGAUUGAUACGUGCUCGAAAGAGAGAAGGCUUGGUUCGUGCACGAUUGCUGGGCGCAUCAAUAGCUACUGGUGAUGUCUUGACUUUCUUAGAUUGCCACUGUGAGUGCCACAUAGGUUGGCUGGAACCAUUACUUGAGAGAAUUAAAGAAGAUGAGUCUGCUGUGGUCUGUCCUGUGAUUGAUGUCAUUGCAUGGAAUACCUUUGAAUAUCUGGGAAAUUCUGGAGAGCCUCAGAUUGGAGGGUUUGAUUGGAGACUAGUUUUCACCUGGCACACGAUUCCUGAUCAUGAACGAAAACGAAGGCGAUCCUCAAUUGAUGUUAUUAGGUCUCCAACUAUGGCAGGUGGGCUAUUCGCUGUUAGUAAGAGGUACUUUGAAUAUCUGGGUACUUAUGAUACUGGAAUGGAGGUCUGGGGAGGAGAGAACCUGGAGAUUUCUUUCAGGAUUUGGCAGUGUGGGGGUUCCUUAGAAAUACAUCCUUGUUCUCAUGUGGGGCAUGUUUUCCCUAAACAAGCUCCUUACUCGAGAAGUAAAGCGCUGGCAAACAGUGUACGUGCUGCAGAAGUCUGGAUGGAUGAGUAUAAAACUCUGUACUACCACAGGAAUCCACAUGCUCGUUUGGAGGCAUAUGGUGAUGUAACAGAGAGAAGAAAACUAAAAGAGAAAUUGCAGUGUAAAAACUUCAAAUGGUUUUUGGAAAAUAUUUACCCAGAUAUACAUGUACCUGAAGACCGAGCCGGUUUCUUUGGAAUGCUGAAGAAUAAGGGGAUGUUGAAAUAUUGCUUUGAUUACAAUCCACCAAGUGAACACAAUAUUGCAGGAGAGAAAAUCGUCCUGUACCAGUGUCAUGGUAUGGGACAAAAUCAAUUUUUUGAAUACUCUUCACACAAUGAAAUUCGUUAUAAUACUCGUCAGCCUGAGGCCUGUAUUGCAGCAGAUGCUGGCAGUGACUUCCUGACAAUGUACCUUUGCCGAGAGAAUAACCAACCUGUGCCUGACAACCAACAAUUCAUUUUUAAAGAGGAUGGUUCGAUCUACCAUAUCCUUUCACAGAGGUGUAUAGAGGCUGUAGCCAAUGCAUUCAAUAAUGGUCGGCCAGGACCAUUACUGCGGCCAUGUUCAGAUACCGAUAAUCAGAAAUGGUACUUUCAAGAAAGAAAAUGAUCUCCACGUUUACAUAAAUCUUUUAACAGCCAGAUGAAUGACUCCAUUGUCUUCUCGUAUUUUCAGAGAACAACCGUGACCAAAAAAUCUAACAGAUUUUUCAUAUGAAAAUGGGAUCUUAAUGUUUUGUACAUUGACUAUAGAAUAUUUAGUGUUGGCAUGAUAUCAUGGCGUCUUUGUACCAUUUUUUUCACUGAAGGCAGUUUAACUUUAAUAAUAAUGCCUCAAAUUUAUAUAUAUAUAAAAAAACUCUAAUUUUUCAAUGGAUAAUUUUAAGUGUGGACUUUUCUUAAGUAAUUGAUUAGGUGCCAGAUUGUAAAUGUUUGUGUUGAAUUUAUAAGAUGAAGAUUUAUAAGAUACUUUGUGAAAGGCUUCAAUGAAAUAAGGUUUGAAAACUACAUUUGGACUUAAUACAUGCUAUUGCUGUUAGUGAUUUGUGACGUCACAGCUACACGAAGAGAGGGAAUUGACACUGACUCAGUUAGAAUAUGACCAGAGAACAUUUCUUCCACCAGCGAUGAAGAUAAGUAAAGAGUAAGAAUAUCAGGUGGUUUAUACAAAAAUUUGCAGUUUUGAUCCUUUCAACUUUGAUUGGUGCACUUUUGGGAAUAUUAUGUUUUGAUGUGGGUUUCCAUUUUUUUCUGUUCCACAACACUGCCUUGUGUUAUUAAAACUGAUGCAGUCUGUAAACAAUGUUUAACCUAAUAGGAUGUAUAUUCUGAAAGUUCAUACAAGAUUUAUUUAAAAGGAUGACCUGAAGCAAUAAGCAUAACAUGAAAAUAUAUAUGAGGUAUACAAGGGAGUGUAAGGUGAAAGAAAAAUCUAAUUUCUAAAUGGUGUGGACAUGUUUUUACAUCCAAAUUUAACUGGGUGUGGGUGU